AAACGAUUAGUGUUUAGGCGCUAACAUCUAGCAACUGGACGUUACACAUUCGAAUUUUGGAGGUUUUGCUGUGUCGCAUAAGGUUAUUCUUCAUACACCGUCUACUUGGGACUCAGGCCUCCCAUCUAUUUACCAAAUACUUUUGAAAGUCUAGCGGAAGCCACUUAUAAAACAUCAGAUUCUUAUUGACUGGAUUAAUGGAUGGUUUUGAUGGAAUGGCUGAUGAAGAAGUCAAUCUGAAAGAAGCUCUUAUCCGAUCGCUGAAUGAGGAGGGUAUUUUGCCAAAGAUUCAAGUACCUGUGUAAUGUGUGUAAUAUUAUCGCUAGGCUCAACUGAAAGCAGCCGUUUAUUUGGCCCUGGAGAAGCACAAUUAUGCUGAAGGAAUAUCGUCUUUGAACCAGUCCACUCGGUCAUUUUGGUCAACGGAAAAUGCAAGGCUUGAUCAUCGCUUCACUCUUAGUCGAUUUUAUGACCGUUAUGAAACUCGAAAACACACUAAAUGUUCUAAAGCAUGAAGCUCAAAUGGAACAAAUAAGGCUUCUGGAUAGUGAUACAUUAACAUCUAUUCUGCCUGUUGGGCGGGCUUCGGAGAACUCUUCAGUUUUGCUUAGUAUGGUGGAGACAUUGAAAAAUAUACGAAGUUCCAAAAUGAACGAUACAGAUUCUUCUUCGACAUCAAACAAUUCACGCAAAAGGUUGAGCAGAAUACCUGUCUUACAGAAUCGUGUGACAAGUUCACGAUCUCAGGCAUCUGAAGAAACGCUUAAUAAUAAUAAGGGUGAUAAAUCAUCCAAUAUGAAUGAAUACGCUAAAAUCCAUCAAGACUCUGCAUUUCAAGAACCAGUCAACAAUUGCAGUAGCAGACUGCAAAUGCGUUCACCUACUCACGGGUCCUCGGAAAUUUUGCGCCCCUCAAGUCCAGCAUCGGGAAAUAUUAGCAAGUCUGAAUCCACUGGAAGGUCAAAUUCUGGAUACAUUUCUCCGUCAAUAGUUAGAGUAUACGCACCUGUAAAAAAGCAGUCUCCAAUAAAUGAUGACAAAUCGGAUGUAGAUGACGAUGAUGAUAUCGAAGAAGUGUUGAAAACUGAAGAAUCCGUGGCGGAUGAUGCAGUCGACCAGACUGUUGAUUCAGAGCAGAGUUUGGGUCUGGAUUAUGUUGAAGAAGUACAGUCACCACUCAAUCCUGUUCAACCGACGCGUAUAGUUCAAUGACUAGGUGAUCCCUGUUCUCAGUAUUCUCAGCUUCAAAGCUGUUUUCAAUUUAUGUAUGCAUUAACUAUGAUUCGAAAAUGUAUCUUUCUUUAGCUUUUCUGCUAUUCUUGCUUUUGAGUCAAAAUUCUUCUGGUGUUACUACUUUAGCAAUUUUCACACUCAAAUAACAAGUCUUUUAGAGGA